CUGAGUAGCCAGUUUGGGCUCGAGGGCCCCGGCCGGCAGAGGCCGCCCGCGCGGGCGCGCCCGCGUCGCCAUGCUGGGCCGCCUCGCGCUCGCGCUGGCGGCCGCGGGGGCGCGGCCUGCGGCGGCGGACCACGUGCACCUGCCGCCCGCCUUCGCGAGGCUCUACCCGGCAGGCCACACGGCGGGGGCGCAGAGCAGGGAGCUGAUCCUCGGCAUGCGGGAGAUCUUCGACGUGGCCAAGCUGUGGCACGAGGGGGAGCUCGCCGGGGACGCGGAGGGCGUCGAGGGCAAGCGGAAGAAGUGCGAGGUGAUCUACCAGGACCUGGCCAAGGCGGCUGAUUAUCCACACGACGUCUUCAGCGGGCUCCGCCUCUUCGCCACGACGAUGAAGAAGGCAGCCGACAGCUCUGACGUCGCAGCCAUGGAUAAAGCCCUUGGCAUGAGGCAUAAGUUCUCAAAGGCGCUGGAGCGGAUCGCUGGGAAGGUCGAGGCGGCAAAGGAGCAAGUAAGAAUUCUUCAUAAGAAGAAAAUGGAAAAGGCGAAGAAGGCAGCAGAGGCGGCCGCAGCCAGAGGAGACGACGGAGUCGCAUUUGACGAUGACGGCGUCGACGAAGAUGAGGAUCUGCCAGACGUCGGGGACGAAGACAACAGGGAUGAGUUUUGAUUAGUAGCCGUACGUAUUUGGGCCCUUUGGUUUCUGACUAUGUUUUGUUAUCGCUUGUUACAUGGGGCAGGGCAGAUUUGGACGUAAAUGCAUCAGUCGGUGCGCGGCAUACCCACCUAGAGCGGGCAUCGGGCAGCCUGCGCACAUAGCACAAGCAUGGCGAAAGCAACGGCUGGGAGCGUCGAUAGAUAGUCUCGUGCACAUCUCCGUCGUCUCUACGCACCUCCUGGACCGCGCCGCUCUGUUUUCCAAGGCGCACGUCUACAAUCACGGUGGGGACGUUUCACCAAUUUUCCAUCUGCUUGUUGGUACACGCCCGCCCAUGCGAUCUCUCCCAAGCCACGACCUGGUCCAUCGAUUCGUCGGUUAUAUGCUGGCGGGUUCGCCUCUACAGGUUCGCAUGGCGCAGUCACGCGUGUUGACAUGCUGCAGUUGCCGUCGCUUGGGAGGGAACAAAGAAGCCGCCAGGUUGGGCAUCCCAAGUAUUCGUCCGUGCUUCUGGUUCGUUAGUGAAGCCUUUUGCCCUCUAGGAAGCCUGUGCCACCGCGGCUUGGCGAUGCUCGGAACAGUGGCCAGAAUGGUGCAUGGCAGGGGUCCGAGGGGAGGUCUUGUGUUUCAAAGUUGGAGGGCAGCUCAAAAGGGCUCUCGCUCAAAUGGUAGGGUGUUGCGUCGCGUGUCUUCAGGGGAGGCGCUGCCCGCAGUGGAACGGAUACUUGUGAGG